GCUAUUGAUAAAAAUAAAUACCCACAGUCAAUUUUUGUGAGGCAAUGAAGCACUUUAUCACAUUUCUAGUCAUUUUUGUAGGUUUAUUAUGCAAAAUCCAAUGUGCAAAAAUACUAAUGGUAUACCAAAUGCCUGCACACAGUCACUACUCGUUAGGGCUGCGAAUUGCAAAAGAAUUAGCUGAGAGAGGACACCAAGUCACUAUAAUUAACCCAUACCCCCAAAAAACGCCAAUUAAAAAUUUUAGAGAUGUGUCAGUUGAGGACCAUAUAGAAUUUAUCCAAGCGUUUAAGAAAAGUCUAUUUUCGAGAAACUCGAUGAGCCUCUUUGGAAAUAUAAAUUUCCUGAUAGGACUUGGUGCCGAGUUAACUAACCGAACACUUGGACACGUAAACGUCCAAAAAUUGCUACGUUCGGGCGAGACGUUUGAUCUCCUAAUUGCGGAAUAUUUUUUCAACGACGCUAUUAUCGGCCUCGGCCAUUAUUUCAAAAUCCCGGUCGUUCUAACGGCCCCUAAUGCCGUCAGCGGUGUUAACAACAAUCUCUUCGUUAACCCGACCCCCGCUUCGUAUGUGCCUCACGUCCUGAGCCCUUAUAACAAACACAUGAACUUCUGGCAACGACUCCACAACUGGUACAUCGGACUUUUGAGCAAUCUCAUGAAGGAAUUUAUCUUAAUGCCUCGCCAUUGCGCUAUUUUCAAACAACACGUGUCUCAAGACGUUGAACUGGACGAGACGCUGGGCAAUGUGAGUUUAGUGUUCACUAAUUCACACGCUAGCGUGACCGAUGCCGUUCCCCACCAACCAAACAUGGUUGAAAUUGGGGGAUAUCACGUGGACCCACCUAAAAAAUUACCCGGGGAUUUACAACAAUUUCUCGAUGGGGCCAAGGAGGGCGCAAUCUUGUUCUCGAUGGGGUCAAAUCUCAAAAGCCGGGAUUUGAAACCGGAGGUGAGGUCCGGGAUUUUGGCCGCCUUUUCGAAAAUCAAGCAAAAAGUUUUGUGGAAGUUUGAGGUCGAGUUCGAUGAUUGUCCAGAGAAUGUUAAAAUUGUGAACUGGGUGCCACAGCAAGACGCGCUUGCACAUCCGAAUAUUGUGGCGUUUAUUUCGCACGGUGGUCUGCUAAGUACCAUCGAAACUGUCUACCAUGGAGUCCCAAUUAUCGGAAUUCCAGUUUUUGGGGACCAACCAAGUAACAUUGCGGCGGCCGUAGCCAACGGUUAUGCUGUCAGUAUCGACUUGUUCGAACUAAACGAGGCUAAAUUAUCAUGGGCUUUGGACGAAAUAUUGAACAACCCAAAAUAUCGGGAAAAUGCCAAACAGCGGUCGAAAAUAAUGCAAGAUCAGCCCUUGAAACCCAUCGAUGCUGCAAUUUAUUGGGUGGAACACGUGAUAAGGCAUCAAGGAGCCCCCCAUUUACGGUCAGCUGCCCUUGAUUUAGCAUGGUACCAAAGGGAGAUGAUGGAUAUUUUUGCGUUUCUUGGCCUUGUUGCAGCAACGUUGGGUGUAAUUAUAUGCCUAAUUUUUAAAACAAUGUUUGAAAGGUGCUGUGGUAAAAAACGGACAAUUCAGAGCAUUAAGAAAAAUUUCGCAAUGACGCGUUUUUUCACUGCUUUAUUUUUACUGUCAAUAGUAUGGAGUGCCCAAAGUGCCAAAAUUUUGGUCAAUGCUCCAAUGCCGGCCUAUAGUCAUUUUUCUUUGAGCUUUCGCCUGGCUAAGGAAUUGGCGGAUCGUGGCCACCAGGUCACUGUUAUAAACCCCUACCCCCAGAAAACCCCAAUUAAAAAUUAUAGAGACAUAUCUGUGGAGGAACAUGUGGAAUAUAUCGAAGAAUUGAAGAAAAAUUUAUUCGGAAUGAAUAACAUGGGAUUCGUCGCGAAUAUAAAUUUUCUUCUAACGAUGUGUUCGGACUUAACCGAGCGCACGUUAAUUAACAAAAAUGUCCAACAACUUUUAAACUCCGGUGAAACUUUCGAUUUGGUCAUAACGGCGCAUUUCCUAAACGAAGCCCACUUCGGCCUAGCCCAUCACUUCAAAGCACCUCUUGUUGUGCUAUCCCCUGGGGCUGCUAAUUCGUUCACUAAUCACUUCGUCGCUAAUCCAUCCCCUUCCUCUUACGUCCCCAACGUCAUGGCUGGCUUCACCAACCACAUGAGUUUCUGGCAACGGACCACGAACUUGAUCGCAAACGCCGUAUUUGACGGCAUGAGGGAGGCCAUCAUGAUGCCAAUCCAGCGAAAAAUUUUCAAAAAAUACAUAAAAUCCGACGUGGAGCUGGACGACGUGUUGUUCAAUGCCAGCCUUAUUUUGACCAAUUCUCACGUUAGCGUGCAAGAUGCCGUCCCCCACGUGCCCAACAUGAUCGAAAUUGGGGGCUUUCACGUCAAACCCCCGAAAAAACUACCCGAUGAUUUGCAAAAAUUCCUCGACGAGUCCAAGGAAGGCGUUAUCUUAUUCUCGAUGGGUUCAAACUUGAAAAGCAAGGACUUGAAACAAGACGUUAGGGACGGCAUUCUGAAGGCGUUUUCGAAGAUUAAGCAAAAGGUGUUGUGGAAAUUUGAGACCGAAUUGGAAGGCGCCCCCAAAAAUGUGAAAAUAAUGAAAUGGCUGCCGCAGCAAGAUAUUCUAGCGCACCAGAACGUUGUCGCGUUUAUUUCACACGGUGGUCUAUUGAGUACCAUCGAAGCGGUCUACCAUGGUGUCCCAAUCAUUGGUAUUCCCGUUUUCGGGGACCAGGAGUCCAACAUUGCUGCUGCUGCAAGCAAGGGUUAUGCUGUUCCUGUGCCGUUGAAAGAACUAUCAGAAGAGAAGCUUUCCUGGGCUUUGAACAAAAUCCUCAAUAAUCCAAAGUACCGGGAAAAUAUCAAACAGCGUUCGAAAUUAAUGCAAGAUCAGCCACUGAAACCCAUUGAUUCCGCAAUCUACUGGAUUGAACACGUCAUACGUCAUAAAGGAGCACCACACCUGAGGUCCGCGGGCCUUGAUCUCAAGUGGUACCAGAGGGAAAUGAUCGACAUAUUCCUGUUCUUGACUCUAGUCACUGUAGUAUUGUUUGUUAUUUUUUAUCUAAUUAUUAAGAAAAUUCUUGGACUGUGUUGCGGAAAAAAACCGGUCAAAGUGUCCAAGACGAAGAAAAACAAAUAAAAGAUUCCACCUUUGA